AUGGCACAUGAUAUCCUUAUCUCUGUUGCAUCGAACUUGAUAGAUAAAACUGCUCUUGAGGAAUUUCCGGAAAUUCAGGGAGUCCCUAUUGUUGAUGCUAUGACUCUUAUUCUCAAUACUUCACCACCCAUUUCCUCAUCCUUAUUAGAAUCUAUUCAUGUUGAACACCUUGUGGCUGAAGAUAAUUCAUAUCAGCUCUUUCAGCCUCCCACACAGCUUGACUUUGAUUUUGCUCAACAUCUCUCUCUUGUUCAAACAAUUUCUUCAUCUCCUCUGUUAUACAAAACACCUAAGAAAAGAGGUCAGAAGCCAAAGAUUCUUAAAACCCAAGAAGAGAUCGCAACAGAAAAAUCAAGGCCAAAAGCGUAUGGGGUUGUUUUCAGAGAUAGAGAUGGAGCUGAGCAUCGAGUCCUGUUGAAGAAAGGUAACAGUGAGGUUAUAAUCUCUGCAGGGGCUCUAGGAAGCCCACAGCUGCUUAUGCUCAGCGGAAUCGGGCCUGCAGAAGAAUUGAAGAACAUGGGAAUACGAGUGAUAAUGGACCAGCCUGAAGUUGGGAAGAAUAUGGCCGACAACCCCAUGAAUCCCAUUUUUGUUCCAUCUGCAGUUCCUCUCGAGCUCUCUCUCAUACAAGUAGUAGGUAUCACCAAAUUUGGAUCCUUCAUAGAGGCAUUCAGUGGAUAUGGAUUAUCUUCUGAGAAUAUAAUGACUAAGGGAGGAAUUAUUCUAGAGAAGGUGAGCGGUCCACAUUCCAGGGGUUAUCUGAGAUUGAACAGCACCAAUGCUGGAGACAACCCAGUUGUGAAAUUCAAUUAUUUUGAGCACCCAGUGGAUCUGCAGAGGUGUGUGAAAGGAAUAAGGACCAUUGAAAAGAUCAUAAUAUCCCGUCCUAUGAAACAAUUCAUACCCCCCAAUGUAAACCUGACCCAGAUCAUGAGUUCAACCUUUCAACAUCCUAUAAACUUGAUACCAAGGAAAACAGGGGAUUGGGAUUCAUUAAAACAGUUCUGUAAGGAUAAGGUGACAACAAUUUGGCAUUACCAUGGAGGAUGUCAGGUGGGUAGUGUUGUUGAUGGAGAGUAUAAACUCAUUGGAGCAGAUGGUGUUCGAGUCAUUGAUGGAUCCACAUUUCUUUUCUCUCCAGGAACUAAUCCUCAGGCCACUGUAUUGAUGCUUGGAAGAUACAUGGGAGUGAGGAUCCUGAGAGAACGAUUGGGCAGAUCUACCGAAGUAUAAUUUGCAGUACCCAACAUAGAGCGCCUCC